AUGACCAGUGCUAAAAGCGAUGAUCGGUUACCAACACCGUCGCGGGAUCAAAGGUCCGCGACAGAAUAUCGGCUUUCAAUUUCCAGCAACCCCGGUUCAAGAAGGUCUUCUCUAGGUACUACGAACAAUAAUGAAUCAAUUGAGGGGGAAAAAGUUAUUGAAACGUAUCUACUGCCGCAGAUUCAGGAAUUAGCAGAUGCGGUAAUCACUCUGGAUAGCAAUUGCACGCAGAUGAAUUUCAUUCACGAGAGUUUGAUUGACCUUAAUGAGUCGCUGGGGUCCCUGUUGUACGGUUUAAUGUGCAAUUCCUGGUGCGUCGACUUUCCGAACAUGCCCCAUGGCACAGCUAGUGAGCUUAAAAGAGCACAGGAGCUGGUAGCAUUAGAGACGACGAAACAACAGCUGCUACGUCAAUUAGCCGCACCUAGUCCUAAGCCUCCACCAGUUCCAGAGGACACGCGCGAAAACCGUGCCGGACAGCAUGAACAGCGCAUUCCAGGAAUGCGAACUUAUCAGAAAAAGGUCGCGCAGGCAAGGGGCUUUAGAGGUCUUGGACGUCCUCCACCACCCCCGGUCCCACAGGAAUUGGCUUCGCCAUCUGUAAACGAGCUUAACGACGAUGACAACACGGACGCGUCGUUCGUGUCAAAUCCUGCUAUUUCUGCGCCUCUGGCCAAACAGCUACGAAGAAAGUCAAUUCUCCACACUAUGCGUAACAGUGCCGCGAACUCAGUAGAUCUCCUGGGUCCUGGCCGCAGACGAUCCCUUGCUGUGAGCGCUACUCGUAUUGUAAACCCAAACCAAAACGUGCCUAAUCUUGGCGUAUCUGGAAGAAAUACUUCGCAAAACCGGAAAGUUCCAGGGACAAGACAGCUUGGCUCUUUAAGAAACAGGCCUCCUUUUAGGUGA